AACUAACUCCAAAUCAGAAGAGGGCAGGAGCAGAGUGUCAAGCAAGGGAGGCCUCGAGAAUGCCGGUGAGCAGGAUCGCCGUGGCCGCUCCGGGCGAGUUGUCACACCCCGACACCGCAAAGGCCGCUGUCGCCGAGUUCAUCUCCAUGCUCAUCUUCGUCUUCGCCGGCUCUGGAUCCGGCAUGGCCUUCAGUAAGCUGACGGACGGCGGCGCCACGACGCCCGCUGGGCUGAUCGCGGCGUCUCUGGCGCACGCCCUGGCCCUGUUCGUCGCCGUGGCGGUGGGCGCCAACAUCUCCGGCGGCCACGUGAACCCGGCCGUCACGUUCGGCGCCUUCGUGGGCGGCAACAUCACCCUCCUCAAGGCCGUGGUCUACUGGGUGGCGCAGCUGCUGGGCUCUGUCGUGGCCUGCCUCCUCCUCAAGAUCGCAACCGGCGGGGAGGCCGUGGGCGCCUUCUCGCUGUCGGCCGGCGUGGGCGCGUGGAACGCGGUCGUGUUCGAGAUCGUGAUGACGUUCGGGCUGGUGUACACGGUGUACGCGACGGCCGUGGACCCCAAGAAGGGCGACCUCGGGGUGAUCGCGCCCAUCGCCAUCGGCUUCAUCGUGGGCGCCAACAUCCUGGCCGGCGGAGCCUUCGACGGCGCGUCCAUGAACCCCGCGGUGUCCUUCGGCCCGGCCGUGGUGAGCGGGGUCUGGGAGAACCACUGGGUGUACUGGCUCGGCCCCUUCGUCGGCGCGGCCAUCGCGGCGCUCGUCUACGACACCAUCUUCAUCGGACAGCGCCCGCACGAGCAGCUGCCCACCACCGACUACUGAUCUGAUCGAAGCCAUGGCAUGCAUGUGUCACCUCCUCAAGUGCACCGUUCAUCUUAUCUAUCGAUAUCGUCUUAGCUAGUUCAGUUCAGGGGUCGUCCAGCCAAUAAUUUAUUAUAUAUAUUAAUGAUCUCUUCUCUCUACUCCUUUGUUAUAUAUAUAUGCCACAUCUGUGUCUUCAAUUCUUGUUCUUUUUCUUUCAUGGUCAAGGAUGUAUGUACAGAUCUGCUGUUUAGAAAUGAUCAGGUCCCGUGUAAUAAUUUUUAAGCCAUGCACAAUUGCAGCAGCUUUUCGAUUUCCUACAA